AUGGCUCUAUCGUCCACCUCGGCCGUCGCGCGCCAACUCGCCGCCGCUCGAGUGUCCACAUUCACUGCAUCCUCCUCCCAAAUCCGCACACACCACUUGCCAGCUCAGCAUCUCGGUAUCCGAGCUGUUAACUCAGCACCUGGAGACAGCGCUUCCAGAAGUAGCAGCAACUUCAGCGGAGGGAGAGCAGGAAGCUUCACAGAAAGUGCAGGCCUAGUGGAAGAGGAAGCAGGGAGUGCAGCAGAGGCAGCGGGCAGUGAGGCAGAGGGUACGAAGGGGGUGAGGGGAGAGGCGGCGGCAGCAGCAGCGCGGGCAGCAGCGGAGGCGAAUCCUCCCAGGAUGUUCUUCUCGUCUGUGAGCGUGGACCGUGCGGGACAGUACAGGAACGAUGCUGCCUGGCUCAAGAAGGCUCUUGGCAAGCCCACCACCGUGGUCAUCCCAUGGAGCCAUGGUCGCUCGUUAAUCAAGGAUGGCCGGGCAGUCCUCGCCUCGCCUGCUCACAUCACCGUCAACCCCGCCACCACUGCACCUCAUGGCACAGCUGCCUCUGAUGGCGCGGCUGAUGCUGCCAGCAACAGCACCACCACCGCCACCACCACAACCAGCAGCAGCAGUGCAAGCGGCACGGGAGUGGAGCCGUUUUGCUUCCUCGGUCUCCUCAUGCCGUCCGGCCACGCUGCCUUCGCUGUCGCCAUUGACUCUGCCGCGUCACCACCCCAGGACGCCUCUGCCGCGCCUCUCCCCGCCUACACCCCCCCUGAGGGCGCGCAGUGGGUGUCUCUGCGCACCCAGGGGCCAACGCUGCCCGCCUUUGAUGCGGGGCUGCUGGCAUACGCCAAUGGGCUCAUGGACUGGCACAGCCGGCACCGCUUCUGCUCGCAGUGUGCGGCGCCUCUCAUCCAAGCAGAGGGGGGCUACGCCAGGCGCUGCACCAACUCCUUCCCCUCCCCGCCUGCCCUGCCUGCUGCCGCUGUGCCUCCCGCCCCUGCUGCUGCUGCUGCUGGGCUGGUAACAGCAGCGGAUAGCAACGGCACAGCACAGCCCUCAUCACUCUCGCCAGCACCAUCGCCUGCUGGGAAGCCCAAGUGUUCCUCGUCCACCAUCUUCCCCCGCCUCGACCCGGCAGUGAUCAUGUGUGUCUCGUGGGGCGACUACGUGCUGCUGGGCCGGCAGUCACGCUGGCCGCAUGGGCGCUAUUCAGUGCUGGCGGGGUUUGUGGAGGUGGGGGAGGCGUUUGAGAUGGCGGUGGUGCGCGAGGUGUGGGAGGAGGCACGCGUGCACGUCGACCCCGACACCGUCAGAUACCACGCGAGCCAGCCAUGGCCCUUCCCCUCCUCCCUAAUGGUCGCCUUCACAGCGCAAGCCCUGCCAUCUGGCCCACCAGCCAUGGCCCUGUCACAGCCGGACUACGGGCUGACGGGGGAGGAGAGGGGCGCUGCCCUGGUGCCGUGGCAGCAGCUGCCUGUCGUGCGCACCGACACCAACGAGCUGGAGGAUGCGAGGUGGUUCCACCGGGAGUUCAUUAGAGCGCUUCUCAGCGACUCCUCAUGCAACACCUGGAUACAGCAGCCGCCUGCUGAAGAUAACUCCCCAGCCACCCCUGCACCGCCCGCACAGCCCUCUGGCACCACGUGGGCCUUCCCCCCUCUCCCCCGCUCUGCUGUUGCCAUCCCUGGCCCCCAUGCCAUCGCCCACUCGCUGCUGGCGGGGUGGGCCAUGGGGGAUGGGGGAGGGGAAGGGAGGGAAGGACGGGAGGAGAAGGAGGAUGUGGAGGAUGGGGACUGGCCUGGACACGGGGUUCCUGACGUGGAUAUUGACACAGGUGACGUGGAUAUUGACACAGGUGACGUGGAUAUUGACACAGGUGACGUGGAUAUUGACACAGGUGACGUGGAUGUUGACACAGGUGACGUGGAUAUUGACACAGGUGACGUGGAUGUUGACAAAUGUGACGUGGAUAUUGACACAGGUGACGUGGAUGUUGACACAUCCUGUGGGGAUGAAAGGAGUGAAGCCUUGUACUCUCUGCUCUUCUUCCUGACCCACUCUCUUUUGCAUGCCCUCCAAAAUUCCCUUCCCCCCUCUUCCUCCUCCACCUUCUCCCUUCGUCCUUCUCCUCCCUUCCUCCCGCUCCUCACCUUUUCUCAUCUUUUCCUCCCUCUCUCCCCCCACCCUGCGCAGAUAGUGCGGGGGGACAAGAGGGCGCCAUUCCACAACGACGUGCUGCAGCACACAGCACGCUUCAUGGCGCCCCUGGGCCUCAAGGUACGUUUCAUGGCGCCCCUGGGCCUCAAGGUACGCUUCAUGGCGCCCCUGGGCCUCAAGGUACGCUUCAUGGCGCCCCUGGGCCUCAAGGGGUGCAUGCACAUGGGUGCGUAUCAUGUGAUGGGGCACACUGUGCCCUGGGGCCCCUUGCAAGGCUUGCAUGCACCGUGCCUAACUCGUAUUCUGCAUGGGCAGGUGGAGGCUGUGGGUGGCGGUCGGAUCAACCAUGAUGCUGCAAAGAAGCAAAUCACCAUCUAUGGCUUUUCACAGGUGCGCGUGGUUUGA